AUGGUGGGGAUUAUCACUGGUGGCACUUUGCAGCCUUCACAGUUCCAGCUUUUCAGAUCCGUGUUUGAGGACACGGGACACAUGAGGGCUCUUUCGGAUCUUGCCAUCCAGACGGUCGAGUCCGAGGACAUGGCAACUCUGGCCGACGCGGCGAAUACUGUAGCCUAUCACGUCAAAAGCCUCGCGGCCAUCGGCUCUCUUUCGGACUUGGUCGAGCUACUGAUGACACGCUAUCGCACGUUGCGUACCGAACAGCCCCUUCAUCGGUCCUUUAUCUUGGCAAUGACCAGGUUGCUCGGUCUCUUCCAUACACACCAACGAAAUCUGGAAAUCUUGCACAGCGACCUGCUCAUCUGCGAACAGCAGAAUACAGCUGCAGUGUGCUCGCCAGCAUCGGACAAUAUGAUUGGGAUGCAAGCGAGCUCACUGGAAACAGAUGAGGAUAUUGAGGCGGUUUUCGCAAGCGGCAAUAGUAUGGACGAUCAGCUCCUACAGCGUGUCUUCAUGCGAGUCCUGCUACGUGCUGGUAAGACUGAAUAUGACGAUGGCGAACCGACGAGCAAGAUGUGCAAUUGGCUCAAUCAACUCCGGAUCGUUGGCAGUGGCAGUUUCGAUGAGCUUGUGACGGCCUACGUGAAGUCUACCCGGACCUCAACUCAUGGCACAACGAAGUCCAUGGAUGCAAUCACAGCACUAGUAGCGGCAGAGUGUGUCAGUCUACCAGAUGUCCUGCGGACCAUCGGACCCAGCAGCGAAGUGCCUGCAAUCAGACUUGUCGUACAGCUAUUGCUCAAGCCGGCAUCUGCGCUACAUGGCCUGAGCCUUGCCGAACAGUAUCGAUACAGCACAAUUCAACGACUCUGCUGCGUACAGCAAGCACAAUCCGUGGCGCCUCUACUCAUGGCUGCCUGCGGAGAUCCGGAAUUCGACAUCAGCAAUGAGGUGCUUCAUGCCCUGAUCAUCGAAUACACCACCACACUUGUUGAAGUCGUGCGGAAGUCCUUCCAUGAUGCUCACCACAGCAGACCUCCUACUCAAAAGGCUGUCGAGCUUUCGCAAGCGCUAGUGGCGCGUGGUAUCGAUGCUGCGAACGCCACGAACUUGGACGUCCACCAGAUCUUGGCCAUGACGACCCCACUCUCCGUCCGCUUCUGUGCCGGCGCCUUGACGUACUUGAGCAAAGGUUGCGCAUCGGAUGCUGGCUCUGGUGGUGACUUGGCUAAGGAAGUCAUGAUAGAGGCUAUACAGAGCGGUAACAAUGCUUGGCCGCAGUUACUCGGGACGGCAAUCAGUGAUGACACCAAGCGGGAUCUGCAUGCUUGGGCGCAGGACCGACUGCUCAUGGCGAGCGGCGAUGCAGAAUUGAAGGAUGAUGUCGAGGCUCAACGCUAUCUCGAUGUGCUGGAUCUGACUUAUCACUCUGUACGAGGAGGGGACGACACGGCUGUGCUGGUCCUGCUGAACGAUAAGUUGCGCGGUGUUGAACGACAACUUUCAGCCUCGAGCGAUGAAGAUAAAGCGAAUCUUGAUCGCAAUCAUAGUGUCUGGCAGGAGUUAAGCGUGCUAUUGCACAUCUGCUGCCUACACGUGAGCGCAGAUGGCAUCGACAUGGAUGCAAACCAGCAGGCUCGCGCAAACCUACUAUCGACCUUGUGCACCUUAUGUAUGCACCCCCGCAUCCUGAUGGACGUCAACAAAGCCGAAUACCUUUUCGAUCUCGCAUCCGCAUUAAGCGAUAGCCUACCAGAACAGACGUUACAAGGCAUUGCUCGUACGAUCAAGCCCAUGGAAGCGCGGAUCCAGGCUCUGGUAGGCAUGUCAUCUACAGUGAUGUCAUCAGAUACCUGGCUCGCUCUAGCUUCACAACUCCCAUCCGCGCAAUCGAGAGGCACGACGACGGCACAGCAGCGUGCCUUGUCCAAACAUGCCGCUGCUGCUUCUUCUUCUUCUUCUCAAUCUACACCGAGUCCCAGCACAACUGCGCGGCCUGGUGUGGUGGGUGGGUCGACGAGCUUCGGACUUGCACAGCAGUCACAACCACAGCCUCAGCAACGGCCUUGGCCACAGAUGGGAUCGGCUCGCGGCUCUGUGGUAGAGAUGAAGACGACGCCUUUCGCGCUGAGGAGGUGGGAGGUCAUGCCUGAUUCUACGCCGGUGAUGGGGGAGAACGACACGAGUUUGAGCUUGGGGUUAUUUGGGGCGAGGAAGGUGUAG